AUGGACUCUCACCACUCUCUCUCUCUCUCUCUCUCUCUCUCUCUCUCUAUCUAUCUAUCUAUCUAUCUAUUUUUUCUCAAAUUCUUGUUUCUUUCUGAGCUUCUCUUCCUUUCUCAUCCUCUCUCUCUCUCCCUUUCAAUUUCUCUCUCUUUAUCUCUCUCUCUCUCUCUCUUCCUUCCACUUUCUCUCUCAUUCUCAUUCUCUAUCUCUCUUCACCUCUCUCCCUUUCUCAUUCUCUCUCUCCCUUCCUCUUUCUCUCUCUUUCGCAUUCACUCUCACUUCCACUUUUCUCUCUUUCUCAUCCUCUCUCUUUCCCUUCCAAUUUCUCUCUCUCUCUCUCUCUCUCUCUCUCUCUCUCUCUCGCUUUCCUUUUCACUUCGUCUCUCUUUCUCAUUAUUUUUCUUCCAUUUUCUCUCUCUUUUCAUUUUCUGUCUGUCCUUUCAACUUCCUCUCUCAUUGUCAUUCUCUCUCUCCCUCCCCCUUCUACUUUUUAUCUCUCUCUCAUUCUCUCUCUUCCUUCCACCUUCUCUCUCUUUCCCAGUCACUCUCCCUCUACCACUUUCUCCUUCUUUCUCAAUCUCUCCUUCUCCCACUUCUCUCUCUUUCUCUCUUUCCUUUAAACUUUCUCUCUCUUUCUCAUUCUUUCUCUCUCCCUUCCACUUUCUCUCCAUCUCUCUAUUUUAUCUCUCGCUCCCUUCCACUUUCUAUUUCUAUCUCAUUUUCUCUCUCUCCCCUGUACUUUCUCUCUCUUUUUCAUUCUCUCUUCUCUCUCCCUUCCACUCUUUCUCUCACACUCUUUCUUUCUCUCUCCUUUUCUCUAUCUAUUCCUCUCUCUCUUUUACUCUCUCCCUCCUCUCUCUCUCUCCCUUUCUCUAUCUAUUCCUCUCUCUCUUCCUUUCUCUAUCUAUUCCUCUCUCUCUCUCCAUCUACCUCUCCUAUUCUCGCCCUCCUCUCUCUCCCUUUCUCUAUCUAUUCCUCUCUCUCUCUCCAUCUCUCUCUCCUACUCUCUCCCUCCUCUCUCUCCUUUUCUCUAUCUAUUCCCCUCUCUCUCCAUCUCUCUCCAUCUCUCUCAUACUCCCUCCCCUCCUCUCUCUCUCCCUUUAUCUAUUCCUCUCUCUCUCCAUCUCUCUCCAUCUCUCUCCUACUCUCUCCCUUUCUCUAUCUAUUCCUCUCUCUCUCUCGAUCUCUCUCGAUCUCUCUCCUACUCUCUCCCUCCUCUCUCUCUCUCUCUCCCUUUCUCUAUCUAUUCCUCUCUCUGUUUUUUUUUUAAACUCUUCUUUCCUUCUCCUCGGUAACUACCUCUCCCGCUUUCUCUCACACAUCAUAUUAGUUUCUCGUUUUCUUUCUUUUUCUUUUUCUAUCUCUCUCUUUCUCUCUCUCUCUUCAACUUUCUGUCUGUCUGUCUGUCUGUCUCUCUCUCUCAUUUCUUCUCACUUUCUCGUUCUCUAUCACUCACUUUCUCUUUUUCCCUUUCCUUUCCUUUCUCUUUAUAAUUCUUUUGCUCUCACGCUCUUUGUUUCACUUUCCUUCUCUCUCUCUCUCUCUAACUCUCAACUUCCUUUCCUUUUCCACUCUCUCUAUUACUUUCUUUCCUUUUCUUUUUAUCUUUUUCACUCCUCCUCCUCUCUCGUUCGCUUUUCCUCUUACUCUCGCUUUCUCUUAGACUUCAAUAAAGUUUCUAUUUUUAGAUUUUUCUUCGAAUGUCUUUCCCGCUUUGGUUCAUUAAUGCGAAUUCUCUUCCCUCUUCCACCCUCCUCACCCCUUUCCGCCUUCUCCCCCCCUCUCUCUCUCUCUCUCUCUCUCUUUCUCUCUCUCUCUUUUUCUCUCCAUAUCUAUCUCUUAUCAUCCGACCAAGUCAGCCCACUCCUCAACAAUUCCCAAAGCCAAAAAACAAACCCAGAGGAACACAAGCGGGAACGUAGAAUUAGUUGGCCUCCUCUCGUCCGACAGGGCUUCAGGCAAUUGGAUGACGCUCAGAGACACGGGGUUACCAGAGGCAUCGUCUCUUGUUAUUCGAGUUACGACAAGCCAUGUAGCAGAGCUUUUUAA